AUGGCGCCGGUAAUGUCGGUACCCCAGGGCCAGUCCUUCCCGAACGGCCGGGUCAUUAGUCCUGAGGAAAUUCGAGCGGUCACAGUCAACAGGGACACCGAAGUCAUCAUGAAGGACCAGAAGGGCAACCGUAUCGAGGUCGACGUCGACAAGGGCCUGAUCGGUUACUUAAUGUGCGACGCCCCGGACAUGGAGGGCUACGUCCUCUGCCAGCUUAUGAACAACAACGGCGACUUUCAGACAGUUGCCAUUCGCAAGGCAGACAUCGAUGUUGGACAGCUCCACGGACUAAGAGUCGAGGAGGCUCAUGGCCAGAAACAUGGCUGGAUUUGUUACCACAUCACCUGCGAAGGACGCGAGAUGUCAGUCUUCCGCACUCGUUCGCGCGUGUCACAAGCUGGAGGCCGUCGCAUCUUCAAGGUCACGGUGCCAGUCACUGGAGACACGAGCUGGAAUCUCUGCUACUCUCUCGACCAGUUGAACCCAGCGCCCCCGAUCGACACGCCUCUGGUCGUGUCCAUUCAAUCCAUGGACGACGGCAAGCCGCAUGCCACCCCUUGGUACCGAGGUCCUCAACACGGCGCUUGGGACAACUCUGACGAGCUUCACUCCUUUGCUGUCACCGCCGCAUGGCAGGAUGAGACGACCAGCAAGUGGGUUUCGGUCAAUGUCCAGAACAGCGAGACGUUCUCCCGGCGCAGUAUCCAGCUGCCAACCGACCAUUACCACAGAAAUGUGGGAGGAGACAUCAGCUACAACGAUUCAUGGAUUCUGGCGACGAGAAUCCUCCAAUUCAUUCACAACCGUCGCUACCAGAGCCCUCCUCCUUUCCUCGCGCGCUCACUCAACGUCGAUGUCAAGGACGUCGUCUGGAACCACAUGGAGCAGACCGUCCACUUCAUUCCCCGAACCAAGUACAACAAUGCUGAGUCACCCAAGAGAGUCACGUUCUUGAAGAAUUGGAACGCCCUCUAG